AUGCCGGGAGACGUCUCGCCGGCCUUCAUGGGCGGCCGCGUGAGAAGCACCAGCCUCUCCUUCGAACGCAGCGCCAGCAUCAGCAGCAGGGCCAGCGCGCCCUCGCCGCCGCUGGUCAACCCGGCACCGCAGUACGUCGCCAUCUCGGCGGCCACACAGUUGAUAUCGGCCUCGCACGGCGUCAACCCGCUCCAGCCCAAGGAAGGGCGCCCUGGAAAUGCCAUCGUGACGCCGCCGUCGCUCGUCCUGGUCAACGGCUUCCUCGACCACAUCCUGUUCAACAUCCUGCUGGCCGCCAAAUCGACCAAGCUGGCCGCCAUCCGCCCGGCCGUCUCAGACGUCCUCAAGCCCCGGCUGGCCCGCGCCGUCGUCUCUGUCGCCGACGAGGAGCUGAGCGAGUACAUGGGCACCAGCGACGAAGAAGAGCUGACGGGCUACGGCUACUCCCAGGAGGCCGCCGGCCAGGGCCACUUCGAGCUCGAGCGCUCGUGGAAGCUGACCCGGCUGCGCUGCAUGGUCUACGCCCGGCUCGGCGACAUGGAAGAGGACGACGAGGAAGAAUACCUGCAGCGUGAAGGGCUGAGCGAGACCAACGGCCGGCCGUACUUUAUGAACCACGGCGGCAUGCUCUCGCCCGCGGCCGCCAUCUUCCUGACCUCCAUCCUCGAGUACAUCGCCGAGAACAUCCUGAUCAUCGCCGGCGAGAACUCCAGCGCCCGCCUGGGCUUCUCCGACGAGAACGACGAGCGCAAGUACCAGGGCGGCACGCUGGUCGUGGACGACGUCGACGUCGAGAAGGUCGCCCUCAACCCGACCCUGGGCCGCCUCUGGCGCACCUGGCGCAAGAACCUGCGGGCGCCGGCCCUGUCGCGGACGCUGUCGAGAGAGUCGCUGGUGCGCCGCGGAUGCUCAUCGCGGACGAGCACGCACAGCAGCGUCGGCACCUUUGAAACCUUUGAUACCUUCAACGGCUUCUCCUUUGGCCGCAAGAUCUCGAGCGCCGAUCAGCAUGUUUCAGACACCGCCAGCGUCAGCACCUGCGUGAACAUCAACCCGGCUGACAUCCCCCUGCCGAUUAGCGAGUAUGACAUUGACGAGAUUGAGAUCCCCGGUUUCAGCGCCCAGCUCGCCGUCGCCCUGCCCGCGCGCUCCCUGCGGCCCCGGAGCCUGUUCAUCUCGAGCCCGGAAGUCGCAGGCCGGCCGGUCCUGGCCAGGAGCAUCAGCGCCAUCUCGCCCCGGGUCGUCAUGGCAUCGGCAUCGGCGUCAUCGUCGUUGCAGCCCGCUCGUUCCAGCACCAGGCGGGCGCAUAUCCGCUCCCAGUCGCUGCCCCAGUCGAUGUAUAUAACGUCGCCCCUGGCCUCUUCGCCGACCCGGGUCAAACGGUCAGCUUCGUCCGCAGCAGAUACUCGCAAGGAAGACGAACACCUCGAGAGCAUGCCAGAGGCUGAAGAGCCAGAGACUGACACCAAGGCCGGAGAAUCAGCAUCAGCAUCGGCAGCAGCGGCGGCAGCAGCGGCAGCGGCAACAGUAGCAGCAGCAGCAGCAACAACAACAACAGCAGCACCGGCAUCGGCAGAAUCAGAGCUGGAGCAGGCUGGUCCUGACUCGGCGUCCAUCUACAGCCCCUAUCACCCGGCUUCUAUAUCCUCUCCUCGCUGCCAGGACUCAUCAAUGGAGCAAGAGGCCGUCUCUCCGCCCAGCAGCGAGACGGGCGAUAACAACAGCGUUGUCUCGUCUAUCUAUACCAUUCCCGAAGCCUCUAGGGUGUCUUCCAAGGAGUCCGCUGAAUCUACAACUUCGCAGACUGCAGACAGCAGCUCUGCUCGCAUUACCACCUGCGAGGACAUUGCAGACGGUAACCCUGCAUACUACUCCUCUUCAUCCCUCACAGACGACGACCGGGCCGCCCGCAAGGCUGCUCGCCGUAAAGCAACCGCCCCCUUACCCCCUACCAGCAACCCGUUCGGAGACAACAUCGUGGAGACUUCUUUCGUCUCUCGCUCUCCUCGCUCUCCCAGCCGCGGAGCUCGCCUUACCCCCCUGACCGAGGUGGCAGACAACACCCCUGUGCAGAAUGAGCGUUCGUCGCCAGACCAGGCCUCUAUCAACUCCGGGGACAGUGAACCCUCCGUCACUCCACGGAGCAGAGCAUGGCUCACAAAAAUCAACACCAACUGUUCCACAAGACAGAACUUGCCUGUGUCUCCGGGGUCAGAACGCGCUGCCGUUCAACGAGUCACACCUCCGCCGUCCAGCAUCUCUCGAGACUCCAGCAAACUACGCAGGUCAGAGAGUGCAGGCAGCAGGCGUGACGGUCGACCCAUCACCUCUGGCUCCGGCGUCUCCCAGGGCUCCAACAGAAUCAGGGGCUUGAUCAGUAGACAGCCAUCAGACCUGUCCGUCUCCGUCAUCUGCUCGUCAGACGGCAGCGGAUCUGGAUCUACAGCCCUGGAGGAGCUUCUCAUGAGUGACGAAACAAUCCACUAUACCCUGACUCCACGAAACAUGCGUGAGAUGGAAGAGGUCGGCUCACCUCGAUGGGCUGCUACUCGCCCAGCAGACCUGGCUGCAGACCCUGCCGAUACGAGCUCCGUCAAGAGCGGAAAGCAGAGCCGCAGGAUCCUGUCGCCGACCUUCCGCUCCCCUUCGAUCUCAUCCCCUGUGCCUCAGUCUCCGCUUGCUCGAAACCCCCCUAGUCCGCCGCCGCCAAAGCCUAAGAUGCCCGCUCCACAAGCUCGCGAUGCUAGAGUCGAAAACGCAUCCGUGAGAGACUUCGCCAACUUCAUUCGUUCCACAGGACCUGAUAAGGGGUUACACCCACCCGCCGCCCAAUUUAAUAGCAUUGCUCGCGCUGGCAACAAUUCCAUUCCCAACUCUCCUGCAACGACAGGAACCUACUCAACCAGCCCCCUCGCCACGCCAAAGGCCUCGACGAAGGAUAAUAAUAAUAAUACCUCCAACAUCACUUCCACCCCGCGAGCAACCAACCCGAACCGGCCUCGUCUCGAAGCUCGUCCGGCAGUCUUUGUCAGAGAUAACAAGACCUCCGAACUGAUCGACUUCAUCCGUCAGGGGCCCCCUGAUCCUCAAGCUCGUCGUCUGCAGCAGAAAACCGUCGCCCCAUUCAGGAAUACCAUGAACUCAGACGAUUUCAGCUCCUUCAGCCAAACAAUCCGCAGUGAGCGUGACUUCACCAUUGGCGAUAGCUCAAUACCCGGCACCCAGGACGGCUCCAUGGUCGCCGCAUCAGUUGCCUCCGUCAACUCCCACACGGCGCUAAUCGACAGUAGCACCCGGCCUAACAGCCGAACGCUCCAGUACCGGCUCUCUCCAACCCCAAACAUUCGAGGCGAUGGUUCGGCAACGCCCGCUAAAACACGCCGGCGAGUCAGAGACCCGUACGCCAUUGAUUCGGAUAGCGAGGAUGAAUACGACGACGUUCGCGAUGUGGCUAAGCCCAAGGAAGAGAGUCUGGCCGAGUUCCUGAAAAACGGGCCCCCUCCCCCUCCUCCUCCAAAGCCACAGCCGUUCACCAUCAACAUCCAAAAGGCUAACGAGCUGCAUCGCCAAAAGGCCAUGAGGCCGCCCAUCUCGCGAAGCGUAACGCUAGACUCCACAUCCGAGGCCGGGUCGCCUGCUCCUCCCAGACUCGUCGACCUGCCACCCAAGUACAACUACCACGGCCAUGCCGGCAGACCACAGGCCUCGCUUACUUCGGGCUCUUCGUUUGUCGCUACCAUCCAUGCAGACCAGCCUGAUAACCAGUGGCAUUCGGGCGGAAGACUGCCCAAGGGCGUGAUCAAGGGCGUCGAUGCAGACAGUCUUUACCGAUCCAACAAGUCUGAUACCGCUGCUCUAGCAGAUUUCCUGAAGAACACCGGUCCUCCGUCUUCCCCUAGCGUCAGCUCCCUGCAGUCCAUGAAGACCGGAACAUCAGCUAGCUGGACAUUCAAGACUUUCCUACGAAAGAAGAAACAAGUGGCAUAG